CACGACAGAGACAGAAACAGCUUCAUGAAUCGAACAGGCUUGAAAACAGGAUCUACUGCAGCUGGUGGAUCUAGUUCGCCGUUUCAGCGAGGAAUCAGUGCCGAUGCUGCUGAACAAGGUUACGGCAGCUCACGAUAAUAUCCAUUUUAAUUAAGGGUUUCCGAAUUACAUCCCUCACUACCAUCCUUGGAUCCUUUUCAAGAAGAAAAUAGGCCAAGGAUGUUCUGAAGAAUGCAACUCGGCAACCUCUAAUUGAAGUAGACACGCCUGGUUCAUCUUCCUCAAAAAAUGCUUUUCUGAAUAACAAGAAGGAAAAACUCAAUUCUACUAAACUUGAAGCGAGGAACUUGCCUGAGUUAAUAUCGCGCGUUCCUCUAACAUGAAUCUCGGAGAUUGAAACUGUUUGGGAUUGAUGAUUUCGGUUGUUGUCUGGACGAUGAUCCGUUUGACGAAGACGCUCCGCGUCCGUCUGUCAGACCGUCGCCGAGGAGUCGUGGACUUAAUCAGGGUUUAUUUGAUGACCCGUUUGCACCUUUAGGUAUCGACGACGCUCCCAGGCCUUCUAUUAUUAUGGUCACAGUUUUUGUUUCUCUUAUUCAUCUGCAUCUCUCAUUCUCAGAGCAUCUCUGCUGCUCCCAAUUUGAGUUUCAAAGAAACCGUAGGUACUACGGAGAUCUGUAGGGGAAAAGAUCGAGAUGAAUCAUUCAUCGUACUACGCGCUAAUUAUACGAGAAGCAGACAGGAGUCAAGUGCGAAGAUGGGCAUGCGUCGGGAUCUUCCCUCUGCUUUCAGCGACUUCGCUCCAGUUGAGGAUGAGGAUGCCCCUCGUCCGUCUAUCAGACCGUCGCUGAGGAGUCGUGGACUUAAUCAGGGUUUAUUUGCUCGUGGAGAUCCAGGACCACCUGGUGCUCGUGGAGAUUUCAUUAAGGCUUACUAGACUCAUAUUCCUUUUCCUCUCGAGAGGCUGGCAUCCAUCUUUAUAACGUGCUUAUUUCAAGGAGGACCAACUUGGGUCGUCAAAGGUGCAUUUCAAGAAGACUUGGAAUUCUCGCCUGAGAAGUCGAAGUCGUGGCGCCAGCCAUAGUCCCGCGUUCGCUUGGGCGUGUGUCAUUUUUGGCCGCUCUGUCUGUGUAGGUUGUCGUCGAUUCGUCUGGUUCUGGUUCAGCGGCUCCCCUUGUCUGAAAUCUUCGCCACCUGUGAACUGGGAGCGAGAACGAACCAGCGACAGCAAGGAAGCCAUAGCCUGAAAACGCCACCGGCAAGGCCGAGGUCAGCUCUAACUUCAGCCGAGGUCGAGGUGGAAGCAUGAGUCGUGGGAGUAGCGUAUCAUCCGUGAAUCGACGGGGAGGAGGCCUCCGAGGGCGUGGUGUUAGGGCUCACUACAUACUUCAUUUCUGCAAGCCAUUUCUCCCUAUUUCCUUCUUAUAGGAUUGGGAGUAGGAGUAAGUAGUUGGGAGUACUAGUAGGCAAGAAGUGAACUAUUUUGGGCUCUAACAUGCGCAACAGAGAUGAAGUCCAAGAUGUUCUAGACAGGUACUUCCGCGAGCCUCGCAAUUACGGGGACCAAGACGAUGACGAUGAUAGUGAUCCGCCUCCACGCAGGAGAAUUGGUUCAAUUAUGGACUUUCAUACUGUCACUACUCACUAGAAGGAGUUGCGAUAAUAUAUUUGCUAGCAUAUUAUGUUAACAUCUCAGUGUCGUGAUUGGUAUUCCGGUUGCAAAGAGAAAUAUUGCUAUAAAUUUAGACAGUGAGAAGUUUCAUAUAGUACUACUAGGUACUGUACUAUCCAAGUACCACAACUUCUACUUCUAGGGAAAAGAAACUCAAUUGUAGAUCCCUAGUGACUCGAUCAUGAAAUCCCGCUAAUGCUAGCCGUGCCUGUUCCCCCUCCCGUGGCUUUUGCAACCCUCUGCCUGAUCCUGAGGAGGAUGCCAAUGAUUACUCUUUCCGGGAUGAUGUAUUUUUAAACGAUCAAAACAUUAAGGCAGAACAGUUUAUUAUAGCACGCAUGGUGCAUGGAGUAGCAUGGAGUGCAUGGAGCACAGACCUCUAAGGGACGCAAGAAGCGCCCCCUUUAGCUCCAUGCGAUCCAUGGACUCCAUGCCAUGCGAGCUGGCAAACCUUAUAAAUUACUCUGCCAAGGGUUACCGAACAAUUACAUCCCACGUCAUACCAUCCUUCCCCAACUAUCAAGGGAGAACUUCUUGGAGUACUUCUCAAUCUACUUACAUAGAUACUUGAGAAAGGCUCUGCGGAAUGUAUCUCUGUGGAAUGUAAAAAUUCUGCAGCCUCUAAAAACAGUACUCAUCAUCCCGCUUCGGGUUCUGGUGACACAACACGACAUCGUGUGAUGCGUAGGGGACUGCUCUCGUCGAAAAAAGACAGAGUCGUGCCAACGGAUACAGUCGAAGUACGUCCACAAUCAAGUUCGAGAUCCCGCUUUGACGAAGAUGAGGACUCCUCGAGAGAUAGGGGUUCGUUGCAAGCUUGGGAUGGCGAUACUUAAGGCUCAAUACAUGUCUCAUGACUCUUGUUCCUAUUGCAUUGCUUCAGCGGAAAAACUUCAGUCGGGUGCACUGGGGGGGCCUAUUUUCUCUGUUCCCUUCGGAGGAUCGUUCUCAAGAAAUGGACUCCCAAAGAAAUGAAUUGUUUUGAGAUCUAAGAUAGUAUGACUCAUCUAAGAUAGAAGUAUGACUCCUGGCGGUGGUCCGGGUCCCUCUACUACUGUUGCUGGCGCAGGAAGCAGUGCCAUCGCGCCCGGCCCUGGUAUGGGAGGUUGUAUUCCUCCAGGCGGAAGUCGUAUUAAUAUGGCUUAAUAUGAUCCUGAUUCAUCCUAAGCCGCGACGUCAAUAUCCUCAUUUUUUUCUCUAAGCGACAUGAUCUUUUAAGACAUGAUCUUGUAAGACUAAGCACAUUCCAAAUAUGCAGGCGAAGAUGAAUUUGUAGAAGCUCUAAUAGCAGCAGUUUCGCCACUGUUGGCGGUGCCGGCAGUUUCACCACGCCGCCUGUUUCGGAGUCGUUUGCUAGUGUGAUGUCUACUCCCUCUGCUGGCGCAGGCUCCUGGCAGAGAAUUCCUUUUAUGGCUUCAGGUAAUUUCCAUCUCCAGAAGACUUUCUCCAGAAGUCUUCCUGUGACUCGGAGGGCCCUUACUGCUCUUUAGUACAGGAAGGCGACUAGUAGCAGUUCUUUAAGUAGGAAAGCCAUACAUAUGCGAGCUAGAGACGCCAACUCUCAGCCUCUAAAUAUACUUGCAAAACUGAAAUAACCGAAUAACUGUUGAAAAUAAGGGAGAUUGAUACUGAAAGAAGCGGAAUGAGUAGUCAAGCCUCGCUUAUUCUCGUCUGUUACUCGCUUAUUUCAGUUUUUCGAGUACUUAUAGUUCAACUUCCUUCGUUGUAGUUACUAGUUGGCUCCUAAAACGCGGCCAUAAAAAUAUUGAAGGAAAGGCACAGGAUGACAGACUUCCAUCAAGUUUGAAACCGGGAACGUGUCUAAUCCUUCUACAGAUCAAACUCUGGGAGCAGGAGACCCAACAGCUCCGAGUCGUGGAGGAGGACGACAGUCGAAAGGUUCUCUAGCUAGAAGAACAUCGAUUUCUCUGGCUAGUCGAGGCUUCUUCGGAUCGAUUCGGGGUUGGUGCAGAGGGCGUGGGAGUUAAGGGUUCUUUCCCGGAAAUUAAUUCGCUCACUACCAUCCUUGGCUCCUUAUUUUCUUUUCAAGGGGGGGAGUCUUUGAAAAGGCUUGGCUCCUUAUUUUCUAGAAGGGGGGGGAAAAUCCUUUAUUUUGAAAAGGAGCCAAGGAUCAUGUUCAUCUGAAGAAUGCAACUCGGCAACCUGCUCUAAGGGAAGGAAUCAACGAACCUAGAAGUCUUCCGAAAUGAUGAGGAAGAGGAAGAGGAAGAACGGCCUAAAGAGCAAGAUAGAGAGUAAGAAGAGAGAGUAUGCAGUAAGGCGAUACGAACACGUAGAGGGUUGAGCUAUGAAGAUAGAAGGUGAUCUCAACUAAAUACCAUACUGGCCAACUUCUGUAAAGUGGCCUCAACUAUAAUGGCAAGGUAAAAAGAAGUACAAGGAUAGUUGUGAAGACAGGUGACAUGGAGGUGGCGGUAGGAAAAGCGAAAAAUAAAAGGUACUUAUCCCGAAAGUCCUUGAGCCGAUCGAUUCUUUCCGUCCUUUUAUCAUUUGAAGGUAGAAAGCAUCCAUGUACAAGUAGUAGCAGGUAAAAGUCCUCUAUUUUCCUUGUGUGAAGGCGAUACAACUUCUACGUGGUUUCUCUAUCUACUGUUUCAGUAAAGCGAUAAAGCGAUGCAGUUUCUAGCACAACAUUCAUAAGAAAUGAUGGGCCUACCGUCAUACUGAUGACCAUAGUCGUAGCAAUGAGUAAAAAGGGUUCAACCUCUAUCAGCGUCUUUCUCCACGCUCUUAGUGUGGAGAAAGUAAUAUUCUCUUCGUCUUCAGGAGGAACAACUAAUUAGAAUAGCACUUAUACCCCACGAUGGGGUAUACUACUACUAACACUACUCUCUUUGGCUCUCUUUUUUUUUUACUCUAUUCGAAUUAGAAAUUUACAAACGAUUCGACUAGAACAACGAGAUAAACAUGGGAUGGGAGCAUGCUUGCACGAUCUCAAAGUACUGCAUGGGAUACCAUGAUGAUGGCCCCGCCGUUGGGCUCGCUAUACUGUAAUUGAGACACCAUGAUGCUGGUGCUAUUCUUGCUAGUCUGUACAACUGAAAAACGUGGUUGUACUAACUAAGUAUGAUUGUUCUGAAAUUGACAGUCUUAUAGGCUAUACUGUACUGUACAACUGAAGCUCCUAGUUCUAUUAAGUGUAACCUGUGCAUUCAUUCAUUGCGGGAGGCUCACAGCAGAUAUUUAUAUAUGUUCCAGGGCUCAGGGCGGGAGGCCCCCCCCGAUCUAACUUUUGGGGGGGGGGGGGGGGCCCCCCCCGCCCCGGCCCCUCUUUUCGAGGGGCUGCCGGGCGGGAAGGCCUCAAAGCGCCCACUUCUGACCCCUUCCCGCUUCCUGCAUGUACCCUACAGACCUGGCAAAGGUGGCAAAGGCUGGGCCCUCUUGUCGUGUUGCGUGUACCCGACAGAGCUGGCAGAGGAGGCAAGGCGGGGCCCACCCCCUUGGCGUGCUGCAUGUACCCGACAGACCUGGCAAAGCUGGCAAGGCUGGAACCCUCUGGCGUGUUGCAUGUGCCUAACCCUAAGCCAAGGGGGUGGGUUCCCGCCUUGCCUCGCCUGCCAGGUCUGUAGGGUACAGGCAAGAAGCGGGAAGGGGUCAGAAGUGGGCGCUUUGAGGCCUUCCCGCCCGGCAGCCCCUCGACAGACCUGGCAAAGGUGGCAAGGCUGGACCCCUCUGGCGUGGUCCAUCCCAGAUCCAUCCACAGGGGGGGGGCCUCCCUCCCUGGUACAUAUAUAGGUUCCUCCGCUGCCGCUUCGGCGCCUAGUUGGCGGACUUCUUCCUAUGAAUUUCUUCCUUGAGGCUUACUGAAUAGCGGUUGCCGUCGUGCUUAACCUUUUGGUAGAUUUUUUUAGGCGCAUGGCCGUCGUGCUUCAGGCUUCCCGCGGGGUAAUUGAAUGGAACUAUUGCGGGAAACUGUCGACACAGGUAAAAAAAAAUAAUUUCUUCCCUGAGGCGUACUGAAUGAGUGAGCGCUUGUAUGUGUGUUAUGUGUAGUAGGGCUAUCAGCUUCCAAAAAAUUAUUAUUAUUAUUAGGUCGCGCGCGACCCUAUCGCCGCACGCGUUCUGCGCUCUCAGCGCAAAGGCCACCUGUCGCUACGGACGCUGGUGUAAGGGCUCUAGGGGCCUUCCUGACGACCCGGUGGCUGUUUUGAUUUAAUGGGGAAGCUACGCGUCGGUCUCUACGCGCUGCAGUCAUCUACUAUUUCUACUAUUUCUAAGAUAUUGAUAUUUUUUACAUGCAUAACUUGAUGUUUUGACGUGUGAGCAAAGUGUCCUCCACGUGUAGUUUUCAUACCAUAGUGUUGUCUCACUCUAGAAAUUGAUAGAACUCUUCAACUCUUCGUAACCGAAUGGGCGCCAUAAUCAAUCUUCGAUUGGCUCCGUCUCUAACAACUCUCGAAGAAGACGCUCGUCUUUCUCUCUUCUGUGGUCAACAUUGGCGUUCUUGUCAAUACGAGAUCAUAGUAGAUGAGGUGGCGAGCGUAAGGGGUGAAUACUAGGUUUUACAUAAUCAAUCUGAGUCUGAGAGUUAAGCACCAUAAUUGCGGGAUUGUGUUAGUGUUGUAAUUGAAAGUUGCGUCACCUCAUGCCAGGGAAAUUCAGUCAUUUUGAAAGUUUCUUUCACAUCCAUCUUGAGAAAACAACUACAGAAAACAUCAGAGAUAACAUCUUUCAGAUUAAUUUCUUGAUUUUGAACAGGGUACUGCAACACUUUUGAUCAUGACAGUACUGUUUACCAUUGAUACCUCGACCUCCAUAAGAAUUCGUGCUUUUUGAUUUUGCUACGUUCAGCUGAUGCAUAGAAGAAGAGAGGGAUACUUAGUUAUCUGAUCGGAUUGAUUUUGAUAUCAUAUGUUUUACUCAACUAAACGUCGACUUUGUUUCUUGAAAGAAGAGAAUUAUGGUCACUGAAAUAGUCGUCGUACUAGUCUUUUUUACGGUUACUCCUGACCAACACAUUCAUGUCUGGCUGACGUCGACAUUCAUUGUUGAACAUACCUAGUAUUAUAUAUAGAUAUUUUUUGCUAUUUGUUGUAUAAAUAGAGGGUGCUUUUAUACUCGUUCAGAACGAAGAGCAAGAUUAGGGCACUUGAUCUUGUACUUCAGAGUUCAUCAUGAUUCAUGGUCACUGAUAUAGUUACUAACUCUUAUAGCUAGUAGGUUUGGUCCACUCAUUUUUUUUUUUGCCAGCUUGUUGUAGUUUCUGGAAUAGAGAAGUUUCCAUUUUCAUAGUAGAUUUUGCCAAGUAUGAAUAGACCGGAAAAAUUGAGGCAUUCUGACAUGACAUGUCAUGAUGACGUUAAAUAAGUACUAAGUAUGAACAAGAACAAAUACGAAAGGCGCUUCUUCUCCGACAGGAUGAAUAUGUAUGACUUCUGUUGACUGUCAAAACAUUCAAAAGUCCUUCUGUGAAACUCCAAGAUUCCGCUGAUUUUCAAAAAUCACAACCAUUACAACUGCAUCCGUAGCGGCGCUUGUGUGGAG